CCACAGAUCAGCCACAGCCUGGUACCUGCAGCCCCACUUUGCUCACCCUUCCCCUCCCCUCCUUCCUUCCACACAGCAAGCCCACCUUUCUCCAUGCACACUCACCAUAGCCCCCUUCCUUGUGACCUGAGCCCUCCAUUGUACCUGGCUGAGACCGUCAGCCUCCUGGAGGAGUGGGGUCCACCUUCUUCCCCUAUGCAGUGCAAGCUCACUUCUCACCCAGCAAGGUGGACUCACCUGCCUCCAUGUCUCUGGGGCUUUGCUGUUGCCCUGAAACCUAGCUGGGCUGGUCUUGCUCCCAGCUUGCUUCCCCCUUCUCGGAUGUCCCUUUGCAGGCCCCUGUCGUUCCUCAGGCACCAGUGUCCUUAUCUGCCACGGCGAGCUCAUCAGGGGCUUGUACCCUGGUCACCAAGCAUGGCAGCAGCUGCCUGCGUUGGGUGUCCAUCUGGUCACUGCAGGUGCCAACCCUUUAUCUCCCAUAUUUUCUUGGGCCAUGGAGGGCUUACCUCCAUGUUGGGGAAUGUGGCUGAGCUGUGGUAACCAGCUAUACCCCAGGUGCGCUUCCCAUGGUGGUACCCGCCCACCUUGCUGAUGUGAGCUAGAAAGUUAGGCUGUAUCUCGGACUGGCCUUCGCUGGAGAGGUGCUUUGCUGUCUCUGAGACUCAGUCACUGUGUUCCCUCCCCACCUGUCUCCACAGCUGUUUGCAACCCUCCCAAGUAGUUUGGGGUCUGGGCUGGACUUCCUUAAUGGUUUGCUUUUCUGCUUCUCACUCUUGUUGUAUUAAGAAGGAUUCCACAAAGGGAGAGUGGCAACCCUGCUGCUGCUGUGCUCGACCCUAACCCUCCAGCUCAGCCCUGUGCACCUGACCCUGUAAAUGAGUGGAGUUUGUGACUACAAUCCCUGGCACCAGUAAAACCAAAAGGAAUCUUGGGGGCUCAGUAUGAGAGCCAGGGUUACCCACUCUGCCAAGUAAGGACAAACUGCUAGGCUGUAUCCCAUAAUUUCAGGAUGAGAAACGUUAACAAUAAAAAUUUGUAGUACACAUAACCUCAUGAAGAACUAA